GAAUGAAUGCUUUUAAUCUAACCAUUUCUAUCUACUACCAUACCAUAACCGUCUGCAAUAUCCGAUCCAUCACUCCUCAGGCAUCGUCACCCUCACCAUCUCCAUCACAUCAUCAUCGGCUGGAUUUUCUCCGGUGGCCGUCCUAUCGUUAUUCCCAGCGUCGUCAGCUGUCUCUGGAGGUGCUUCUUGUUCUGUGUGGUUGGACGAAGCUACAGGUCAGUUCUCUGUCCUUUUCGGCGUGGAGGAGCCCUCGGGUCGGAUUUUUUGAGGGUUGUUUCAUGGUUCUCCCAUGGCGAAAGAGCUUUAGUUGAUUCGUGCUUUUGAUAUGGACAAGCGCGUUGCGUUUAAUUAGAGCCAUGGAUCUGCCACUGUGGUUUCUGGGGUUUGGGGAAAAAAGCAAGGCUGACUAAGGCGAGUCUGAAUUUGGGUUUUCAUGGGUUUGUGCUCUAAUCUACAAGAUGAAUUGGAUUUGAUUUGAUUUGAUUUCUUCUGUACCGUGAAUUUGGAUAUUUUGAGAGUACAAUCACUUGAUUUGGCUCUCUCGUGAGCUUUGGUGGACAUUUCUGCAAUGGAAGAUAGGGUUGAAGGUGAAGCUCACCGUUUCUAUGGUGUUAGCGCCAUGGAUCUUCGGGCUGUAGGUAAAAGGAUUGCUGAGUGGGAUUCGAAUGAUUGGAAAUGGGACGGUGACCUGUUCGUGGCUAGACAGUUAAAUCCUGGCUCUAGUGAAACCAUGGGGCGCCAAUUUUUCCCUCUCUGCUCCGCUAUUCCAACCACUGGAAACUCAUCGAACAGCUCUUCCACAUGGUCAGAUGAAGGGAACAUAGAAAUGAUGGAGAGAGGGACAAGGGGAUUGGACAAGAAGAGGAGGGCUGUCGUGAUUGAGGAUAAUAACUUGAGGGAUGAUGCUGGUAGCCUCACUCUGAAGUUGUGCGGACAUGGUUAUCCUGCUGGUGAUAGAGAGACUUUGGACAUAAAUGGUGCGAAGGCGACAAAAGCUGGUGGAAGUGUUCCCAGUCGGGCAGUUUGUCAGGUGGAAAACUGUGGAGCUGAUUUGAGCAGGGUGAAGGAUUAUCAUAGACGGCAUAAGGUGUGUGAGAUGCACUCCAAGGCUAGUAGUGCACUUGUUGGAGGAAUUAUGCAGCGGUUCUGUCAGCAGUGUAGUAGGUUUCAUGUCCUUCAAGAGUUUGAUGAAGGAAAGAGAAGUUGCCGAAGACGUCUGGCUGGGCAUAAUAAACGUCGGAGGAAGACAAAUCCUGAUACUGGUGGCAAUGGGAAUCCUCUGGGUGAUGAUCAAACAAGCAGUUAUUUGUUGAUUAAUCUCUUGAAAGUACUCUCCAAUAUGCAUUCCAAUGGAUCGGACCAUGCGGGUGAUCAAGAUCUUUUAUCCCAUCUUCUGAAAAGCCUUGUGAGCCAUGCUGGUGAACAAAUCGGAAAGAACAUUGAUGGACUUCUGCAGGGAAGAGUCCAAUCAUCUCUAAAUGUUGGCAACUCUCAUUUGCUUUCAAAUGGGCAAUCCCCUCAGGAGGAUCUAAAGCCUCUUUCAGUAAAUGAAUCUGAAAUGCCUCGACAAGAAGUAUAUGUAGAUGUUACUCGAGGUGCAGAAGGCGUGAAUUGUUCUCCAAAACGGGUCAGAGUGAAUGAUUUUGAUUUAAAUGACAUUUAUAUAGACUCGGAUGAUGGUACAGUGGAUGUAGAGAGAUCACCACCUAUGAAUCCAACAACUAGUUCUCUCGAUUAUCCUUCGUGGAUACGCCAAGAAUCACAUCAGUCUAGUCCACCUCAGACGUUACAAGCAGAACCCCAGCAAAAACAAAUUCUUAAACAUGUGAGUGGUCAUAGUUCCAGCAUAGAUGCUCAGGGCCGCACAGAUCGUAUCGUAUUCAAACUAUUUGGGAAAGAGCCAAAUGAUUUUCCUGUUGUUUUGCGAGGACAGAUUCUUGACUGGUUAUCACAUAGUCCAACUGACAUGGAGAGCUACAUUAGGCCUGGUUGUAUCGUUUUGACCAUUUACCUUCGUCAAGCUGAAGGUGCUUGGGAAGAACUUUGCAGUGAUCUGGGUUUCAGUUUGAGGAGGCUUCUAGAUCUUUCAGAUGACCCUUUCUGGACAGAUGGAUUGAUUUAUGUCAGGGUGCAGAACCAAAUAGCAUUCGCUCUUAAUGGUCAGGUUGUUGUGGACACAUCCUUGCCUCUAAGAAGUCGCAAUUGUAGCCAAAUCUUUUGCGUAAGACCGAUUGCAGUGGCUGCAACUGGAAGGAUUCAAUUUACAGUAAGAGGCACCAACCUCCGAAAACCUGGCACGAGGUUACUUUGUGCUGUAGAAGGAAAAUAUUUGGUUCAGGAAGCGACUCUAGAAUCAAUGGAUGGGAACGAUGACCUCGAGGAGGAGAACAAUGAGGUUGAGUGUAUCGAAUUUUCAUGUGAUAUGCCUGCUGCAAGCGGACGGGGGUUUAUGGAGGUAGAAGACAAUGGCCUCAGCUGUAGCUUCUUUCCUUUCAUAGUGGUUGAGGAUGAUGUCUGUUCUGAAAUCCGUAUGCUCGAGAGCACGUUAGAGUUUACUGGCACAGAUUCUGCAAAGCAGGCUAUGGAUUUUAUUCAUGAAAUCGGCUGGCUUCUUCACAGAAGUAAACUGAAUUCAAGACUCGGGCAAGAGUCGAAGCCUAAUGGAAAUUUAUUCCCUUUAAGACGGUUCAAGUGGCUAAUCGAGUUUUCGAUGGACCACGAUUGGUGUGCUGUGAUAAAAAAGCUGCUAACCAUUCUCUUUGACGGAACGGUUGGUUCAGAACAAGGUCCAUCCUCUGAUUCUGCCCUAUCCGAACUGUGCCUUCUUCACAGAGCUGUGAGGAAAAACUCUAGACCCAUGGUCGAGAUGCUUCUCCGGUAUGGUCCCAAGGAGCAGAAUUUAUUGGGCAAUGAGAUCAGAUUGUUCAGACCUGAUGCCACCGGCCCGGCUGGUUUGACACCUAUUCACAUUGCAGCCGGUAAAGACGGCUCAGAAGAUGUGUUGGACGCCCUGACUGAAGAUCCUGGAAUGGUUGGACUCGAAGCCUGGAAGAAUUCCCGGGACAGCACGGGCUUCACACCCGAAGACUAUGCCCGCCUUCGCGGCCAUUUCUCCUACAUCCAUCUCAUCCAACGCAAGCUCAAGAAGAAAUCCACCACUGAAGAGCACGCAGUAGUGGUCGAUAUCCCUCUGUCUUUCCCUGAUACUGCCAUUGAGAAAAGUCACCAGAAGCAGAAAACCGGGCUGAGACCCUCCGGCUUGGAGAUCGCUCUGGCCAACCAGGCCAAGUCUUCGCACUGCAAGCUAUGCGACCAGAAAAUGGCAUAUGGGUUUGGACCGGCAGUCAGGUCUGUGGCCUACAGACCGGCGAUGCUGUCAAUGGUGGCCAUAGCAGCAGUCUGUGUCUGCGUGGCCCUUCUGUUCAAGAGUUGCCCGGAAGUGCUUUACGUGUUCCAGCCCUUCAGGUGGGAGUUACUUGCCUAUGGAACCAGCUAGAGUAAUUUUACUAUGGACCACCCAAAGUAUUGAAAAUAACCGCCUAAAAUAAGGCUAUAUGAUAUAUAAUAAUUUAUAAAUGAUUAACUUGCUUGUAUUUGUAUGUUUGAUAUAUAUACACACACAAAAUAUGGCGUUGAAGACGGAUCUCAUGUACAACAAGUACCACCUCUGGAAUUUUGGGGUCUCUCCAA